UGACCUUCACUGCGAACUGUCAAGUAGGUGCGGAAUUCGUUGCUGUCAAGUGUCAGUCGAUUAAUUCAAAAGAAAUUCAUCGAUUAAGUUUAGUGAUAAUUGUUGAGAAUGUUAUUUUGUCUGAAAUCGUGAUUAUCGACGACAUUUUGGGCAUGUAAUAAGAGUUGAUCAAACGUCUACUUUGUGGAUCUGUCAACAGUAUUUAUUUUUGGAGGUUGGGUAGAGAUCAAAUUGAAAGACAUUUAUACUGAACUGAUGACAGGUCUGAAUUCGUUGGCAAUACUCAUUAUGUGCGAAUCUAGAAAACAUCAUGAACUUCUCCCUGAGUCAAAGAUGCUCAGUCACUAAUUUCUAUGCAACUUAAUCAUGUAUUUGACACAACUUGCGAAUUGACGUUUCAAUAUCUCUAGUUUUGUAGGGCAUACCGAACUAUAUGCUUAAAGUAUCAUAUUGUAAUCUAGUUGAACUAUCUUUUCAGAUUUUAGUGCCACAGUACACUUGUAGUAGAUCAAGUAUUGAAAAUUUUCAAAAGGAGUAAACAGCACAAUGGCUGUAAUAAAACAUGCCUUGCAACGAGAAGUGUUCACUCCUGCUGAUGAAAAACUACUUUCUUUAUGUCAUGUUUGCAAGGCAUUCAAAAAAAAAAAGACUAGCUUUUUGUGUAUAACCUCAGCAACAGACAUGCCAGGAUCCCUGUUACUCUAUCAAGUAAAGAAAAACGACAAGAAUGCUUACAAAAAAAAGCAGUCAUGGUCAUUGACUGACAUUCGAAUAAUCGAUGGUGUUGGAACUGAUUCAUUAGACUUGGAAAUACAUAUUGAUAAGGUUUAUAAAUGGACAGCUACGUACGCUCAAGAGAGAAGUACAUUUGUACGUAACUUGUACACAUAUUCCUGCAGUAUGCCACAGAGGCCAGAAUUCAAAAAUGUACCUAAUGAUUGGAUGAUAGAUCCCGCAUCACUAAAAGAAAGUGACAGUAUCAUCUUCACACCAGAUUUAUUGACCUCACCCAUAUCUUCCGAUUAUCAACCAAUUACUGAAAAAGAAGCUACGUAUCUUGACUCGCUAGUCUGUGGUUGCGAUUAUGCAGUAUCUGAUGCAGAACGAUUUAUGGAAACGCUAUCUAAGGAUCUAUCCAUACUAGAUGGGCAAAAUGUGCAGUCCGUCCUACUCUCUGAGCCCCAAGUGACUCAAUUAAUGAGUGGCAUUGAGGCUGCCAUAGCUGAAGCAUCUAUGGUGGAGUCCAGGCUCGCCGUUUAUGAUGAGGCACUUGGUAGAAUCCGUGAUGCAAUGGCCAGAGUUGGACAAAAAAAUCAAGCCAUUCAUACCGCUAAUCAUAAUGCCAGACUACUUCUUGAUCAACUUGACGCUGUAAUCACACAGUUGGACAUACCCAUAGAGCACCAACGAACGUUAUCUGAAGCAGAACUGCCUGGAGGUAGAGAAGAAUUAGAAAAAGCAGGUACAGCUUUAUUAAAAGCUACAUCUGUACCUUUGCCACCUGGCCUUGAUAGAUUAGGGGCUGCUUCAGAACAACGGCGACGUCUUGAUAAAUUGAGAGCUAAAUUCUCUCUCAUUGUAGCCAGGCACUUGAAUAAUCUCUUUAUACACUUGGGUAAUGAUGUAGGAGACAUUUCAGCUUCCACCACAGACCUUACCCUUCCAACACACCAGGCUGUGCACCGAGAAUUAGAACCAUAUGCUGAAUUGAUGAGACUGUUAAGAGCUCUGGAUAAUAAAGCCUUCGUACAAUUAACGAAAGUUUAUACCGGCACCAUGAGCAAACUUUACCAAAGAGAUCUGAAGUUGUUCUUUGAAGAUGCAAAAACUCGUGUGACCAGCAAAAAGCUUAAUGCAAAUGUAUCAAAAUCUGGUGGACAAAAAGGUGAUGAGCUAAUAAGCCCAGCACCUCUAUGCUUAUUGGGUGCAGAAGUGUGGGCACCGCAAGGAGAAGGUGCGCUUCUAGAUUUGGUGUUGGAUAGAGCCCUCUCCCAACUUCAACCGGUCUGCCUUGCUGAACAAGCUUUUUGUGUGUCAUUUUUCCAACUGGAUUCAGUGCUUUCUCCGCUGAAAGGUAGUGAAAAUGAGGAGCCCGAUAAUUCUAGCAAUGGGGCGACAAGUCCUGGAUCAGUAACUUCCACUGCCAGCAAGAAACUAGAAAGACAAGUUAAUGAAGAGGUCAGAGCUACCAUGGCUGCCAUAUUUCCCUCACUUGAACCAGAACUUAACAACUUUGUAUCAUAUCUGGAUAAAAUUGACAGCUUCUGGUGUUUAUAUGUACUAGUAAGGUUGUCACAACAUGUGAUGUCAGCACAAGACACAGGAUCUUUUCUUUCCAUGACUUUUGCUUCUGCACUUGUGCAGGUGAAGAGAGCGUUCGAUAAAUUUAUGCAGGCACAAUUGCAGUCCAUUCUGCGCGAUACAAGGGUCAACCGUAGAGCCAAGUGUGGAAUUUUGCCAUACGUUGAAAAUCUCCAAUCUUUUGCCAGAACCGCGGAGAGAAUAUUCAAAAACUCUGAUAGAAAAGUUGAUCUAGAAAAGUGGUACACUAAGCUUGUUGAAGCGAUGUUUGAAGCGAUCGUGAUACACAGUAGUGAACAUCACAAGACACCACCAGAAGUCGUCAAGAUGGAAAAUUUCCAUCACCUUUACGAUCUCUUAUCCCAAUUGAAAAUAUCUGUGUUGGAUCACGAGAGGAAAGAAGCUAAGCAGAAAUAUCACGAUGCAUUGCGAGCCUACGUUAUUCAAUAUUUUGGAAGGCCACUCGAAAAACUGAAUCUCUUUUUCGAAGGUGUGCAAGCUAAAGUAGGGGCAGGGGUAAAAGAGUCUGAAAUCAGCUAUCAAAUGGCGUUCAGCAAACAAGAACUACGCAGAGUUGUAAAAGAGUACCCCGCUCGUGAGGUGAAAAAAGGUUUAGAGAAUCUGUACAGGAAAGUUGAAAAACAUCUCUGCGAAGAGGAAAAUUUACUCCAGGUUGUCUGGAGCGAAAUGCAGCGUGAAUUUAUUGCACAGUACAAAUAUAUCGAAGAAUUGAUUCAGCGUUGCUAUCCAGAUAGUAUGGUGACCCUAGAAUUUACCAUUCAAGAAAUUCUAGAAUUUUUCUCCGAAAUAGCGAGAUCACAUUAGGUAUUUCCGUGGAGUCAAAGAGCAGAUGCAUAAAAUAAACCAUAACAGUCUAACAUAAAACCACUUGCAGUGUUACAUUCUUCACCGCGCAUCACAAGAUACUGUAAAUAAUUGUGUAAACACAUUGUAGAUAUCUAAGUCCACUUAAUUGAACUUGUAAGCUGACAUACAUUUAAAAAUAAAUACACUAUUUAAUUAAA